CCAGUGUUGAGGAGAAGCCCCGCCCACUCAGUCUCACCUGACCCACCAGGAAGAGAAGGGACCGAGCGCUGCGCCGAGAAAAGCUACAGCGGGUCAGCAGAGUGAAAUAAGUCCAAACGGAAUAUAUUUUCAGCGGGGAAGUGAAAACAAUCGUCGGUGUAGGGUUAGUUUGUCACGUCGCUGUCAGCAGGUUCGACCUGUCUCCCGUGUGAGCUCCUUCCGACAUGCUGCCGCCUCACAAACACCUCCUCCUCCUGCUCCUCCUCCACGCGGGCCUCCUGCUCGUCGGGUCCGAGGCGGUUCCGCGUCCGCUCCGGCGGGGGGGCACCGUGCUGGCCAAGGAGGGGGCCAGCGCGCGGAUCGAGUGCAACGUGACCGGAGGCCACGAGGACAUCAAGUGGUACAACUCUAAAGGACGUCUGCUGGGGGACGACGCGGGCGCGAAGUGGAACCUUGAGGAGAACGGCGUCCUGAACAUCACCGUGGUCUCCUUCGAGGACCGCGGCCUCUACACCUGCGUCGCCAACGGCACCGAAAGCUACGCCGUCACUCUCCGCGUGGCCCACACCGACAGCGGCCUGGGCCUCUACUACGUCGUCGUCUGCCUGGUGACGUUCGCCGUCACCAUGGUGCUCAACGUGGCGCGCCUCUGCAUGGUCAGCAGCCACCUCAAGAAGACCGAGCGGGCCAUCAACGACUUCUUCCGCACCGAGGGCGCGGAGAAGCUGCAGAAGGCGUUCGAGGUGGCCAAGCGCAUCCCCAUCGUCACGUCGGCCAAGACGCUGGAGCUGGCCAAGGUCACGCAGUUCAAGACCAUGGAGUUCGCCCGGCACAUGGAGGACCUGGCCCGCAGCGUCCCCCUGCCGCCGCUCAUCCUCCACUGCCGCACGUCCACGGAGGACGUGGUGCAGACGGCGGACGCGGGUCCCGCCGCGGAGCAGCGCGGGAUGCCGGGGUCCAGGAACCGGCAAGCGAUAGGCCCCGCCAAGGCCGGGGGGGGUGGAGACGACGAUGACGACGCGGCGGCGCGGCAGGCGCUGCUGUCGAACCGCGGCGGCGGCGUCGACGUCAAAGUCUCUGUCCACACGGCGUCCGAGAAGGUGGACGCCGCGGCGAGCCUCCAGCAGCCGGGCUCGUCUUACGAAAGCAACGUGUAAGGCCGAGGAAAAGACGCCGCCGCCCCCCCCCCCCCCCCCCUGUGGAGUGGGAGGAGCCCCAACUGCGAAGGGAAGGGCCUCGCCACUCAGGUUCCCCCCCCCCGUGGGGUGGCGCGAAAAUAAAUUGGCGAGUCACGCUGCGUAUUCCUGCAGGACUUUGGGAAGUGCAGCAAAUCCAGUUUUUCCUCUCACAAAUCCGAAGGCUGUUUCAGAACUAAUCUUUAAAUCGCAAACACCGAGCGUCAACACAGCGGCCCGAGUUCUACUCAUCUCCCCCCCCCCCCCCCGCUUCAAUCCGUCUAAUCUUUUGGUUUUAACGUCCGUGGGACGGUGGGAUCGCGUCUCGUGUAGCGGCUGAUCUGAGAGCUGUUCUUCGGUCCGCCGCCACGGAGCGAGAUGUCGAAAUGAAAUGUCCUCGCGUCAGGUUGUUCUCAUGCCUCUUGAUUCCUGUCACUCAUCUGUCACCAACGAGAAGAAGAGGGAGGCGUUCUCGCUGAUGAAUGAGCAGGUGCGGUUAAUCGUAUUUUGAUGGGUGCACGGCUGGAAAAGUAUUGGGUCUUUUUCUUUUCUUUGUAUUUCUAGUGUGGAACGUAAAUAGCAGCCCGUUUGGGUUGUGUUUUUGAUUAUUUUGUGUCAUUGUGCAGAUUUUACAUGUGCACACUGAUCUAAGUGGUGUCACAAGGCUUAAGGAUAUGAAUUGUUCAACAUAUUCAGAGAAAAAGAUUUUAAAAUAUAUAUGUUUAAGAUUUUUUUUUCAUUUUUUUUUCUUCAGCUUUUGAAGUAAAACACCAAAGAUCACAAUCUCAAAAUCAUGUUGUACUUGUGUCUGUGGCUCUGAGGAGCUUUUUUGAACUCGAUGAUGAGAAACAUGGAUGUGUGUGUUAACUGUAAAUCAGUUGUGGAACCGGACAGCUUUGGUUGAACGCUUUUUGUAGUAAUUGUUACUGUUUAUUGACUCCUACUACGUAUUACAGUUAAACACAGUAAUAAACUAGCAACGGUUUGUCUGGGGGUCUUUUGUGCCGUUUCAGGAAGCUUGAGCCACAUUUCCGAUGAGACCGCUGGGGGGAGCUGUUGUGUAGAACAUCGUUUCAUCCCAACAGGCACCGCGUCAGCUGUUCAUGAACAUUUAAUGGUGUUAGAGAGGAAAGGUGAGCUGAACUUUUGAGUUUAGAUUCCUUGGGCUUUUCCCAGUUGAAAUGACUUGAGGGUGCAUUUUGAAAAACCUGCAGCUGUACCGUGCAACUUUUAGACAAACGGAACGUAGGUGACGCUUGGACAUUCACUCUUAUUGUUGAUCACAGUGGAAUGCACAGGUAUCGCGGCGUUACAGUCUGCCCCACCUGAAACGCGUCGGGUUGGAGAGCGGCCCAAAUAACAAUAUCCUUGGGUCUCGGUGCUACGUAAGUAAAAAAAUCCAUCCCGCCUCCCCUUUCCCGUCCUCUGCUGGAGGCGAGCUUAUCUAAAUAGAAUUGAUUGAGCCGAGCGAUCAUUCAUCAUCCCGAGCCACAGCGGACGUUUAAGGAGAAGGGGAAGGAAAGAUUUUAAGGAUGGGUUACUUCUCCUGUGUCCUCAAGGUAAUGUGCAUGUGUAUCUGAGGGAAAUGAAAAAAAUGCAUUUACAUUCACACUGAUGACAUCCUUGAAUAAUAACUAUUGAACAAUUGAUUAAAAUGAGGACCCCAAACUGUUGAAAUAGUUUCUUAGAUUCAAUUUCUAUUGUGACGUUUAAGAAUAACCUCACUCAACAAAACGGCCGUUAAUAUUCCAGCUCGUUAAAGGCAUUUAAAACCUCUCACUGUGUGUGUGUCUGAUUAUGCAUACUCAUUAAUGAAUGAAGCAUGUGCGUGCAGUACAUUUGAACUCCUUGAAUUUAAAU